AUGGCGGCGGCCAGAUCAAGGAAGAAAACAAAUGCUAUGUUCUAUUUACAUUAUGUAUUUACAGUCAUCCUGUGUCUGGCAGUAGGUCUACACGGGGGAUACUGUGAUGAAACAUCACAAGACUGUGUUUAUGGUGGCUAUGACUUCUCAUUGAUUAAAAAAUUUAACCCUUGGCCUAUGAUGUCUGAGGAUGGAAACACCACUUAUCAGAUCAGUAUUUGUGAGGCAAUCAAACAGCACCAGGGUGGAAAUUGUCAUGACCAUGCUUCGGUUUGUAGGACUGUCAAAGGCGAAACUCCAAAAUCUGCAGGCAACUUUACACACCUGGUUACUGCUAACAACACUAAAGUUUCAGAAAAAACCCUGGUGUUACUGGGGGAUGCUUGCCCUGAGGUAGUCAACGCCCACUAUGUUACCAUGAUCACAUUCCAGUGCAGUUUGAAUGUGGGACUAGGCUCUCCUGAAUUUCUUGAGUACUCAUUGUGUACCACCUUUGUGCUGUGGAGGACAAAUGUGAUGUGUAAUGACACAGAGCGUGCGGUCAAGGAAGUCCCUUGUUAUGUGUAUGACCAACUAAACCGAAAACACAAUCUGUCACCACUCACUAAGAAAGAUGGUGGUUACUUGGUGUCAUCGGAGGCAGGCUGGAACUUCUAUAUUAAUGUGUGUAAAGACAUACACGGCAUCACAGAAAUUCCAGGUGGAGCGCCAGAUGAAAAGACAAAGAACUGUCCUCCAGGGGCUGGUGCUUGUCAGAUCAACAGUAAUGAUUCAAACAAAGCAAUGGGUAUGGGGUUUCCUUUAGAAAAGAUUCAGGCUGCCACGGGCGAUAACAAGUUCAUGCUGCACUAUACCACUGAUCAGGCUGUCAAUGGCUGUACGGCCAAUCCCUCCACCACUAUAGAAUUCCGAUGUCCAAGCGUCAGAGGGGGGAAAGAUCCUAUCUUGGUAGCGGACUAUAAUUGUCAAUAUCGUGUUGUUUGGGAAACAGAAUAUGCUUGUGCAGAGGUUGACAUCACAAACAAAACCUGUCAACUUAUCAAGGAAUCAGACAACAUUGACAUUGAUCUGUCUCCUCUGAGAGUUUACCCUGGAGAUCGUAAGUACCAGAUAACAGUGCCCCCCAGUACUAAAGGUGGUGACUACUACGUUUAUUACCUGAAUGUGUGUGGAGAGUUAGGCAUCCAAUGUCCCGACAUGGAUCAUGUACGCAAUGUGGCUGCCUGUCAGACAAAGGCUGGUGACUCGACAUACGGCCGUGUUAUUGGAUCAGUGACAAAUGGUGACCAGAGGCUAAGAUAUGCUGAUGGAGAUUUGACCUUGACCUACCGGGGAGGGGAUAUUUGCCACAAGAAUAAUCCUCGCACAACCAUCAUCAACUUCAAAUGUGAUCCUGAUGCAGGUAAUAUGGGUAAAGGUUUGCCCCAGUUUGUUAAAGAAGUCAAUAACAGCUGUAUCUACAUUUUCGACUGGGCCACCAAAUAUGCCUGUUCAGGCCAUCCAGCUAAUGCAGAGUGUCGCGUUGACUACAACGGCAAACGCUAUGACCUUUCACCUCUUACUCGACGUCAUGGACAAGAAACUGACUGGGAGGUACUACACAGUGACCAGUCUGACACGGGGAAGCAGUUCUACCUCAACGUGUGUAAUGACCUACUAAAUGUGGGCAAGGCUGCUCGCUGUCACCCUGAUGCUUCAGUCUGUCUCAUUGAUAAAAAUGGGCCCCAUAAUCUGGGGUCAUUCAUCACGAAUCCGGUAUACUCCAAGGAGACUAACACUCUGCAGAUCACCUAUGGUAACGGGGAACCAUGUGGGGACAAAAAACGCACUCGCUCAAUCAUAGACUUCAUCUGUAAACCAGGAGACCUUGAGAGUGGUCCUGUUCUCAUGGAUACCUCCCUCGACAACUGUCUCUACAGGUUUGAGUGGCACACCUCAGCGGCCUGUGUACUGGGACACUGGAGAGGCGACAACUGUCAUGUGUUUGACAAGGAAGCUGGAUUCAACUUUGACUUGUCACCUCUGACCUUGAAAACUGGAUCAUACUCUGUGUGGGAUAAAAACAAAACUUAUGAAUACCAGAUUAAUGUAUGCGAUGCUGUUCACGACACUUUGUGUGACACGAGUACAAGUACUCCACCUAAUGCAGGGGUCUGUCAAACAAAGGGUGGGGACCAUGCAAUCAACACUGGAACAGCUUCCAGUACUCUGGAGUAUUACGAUGGCAUGAUAAAUCUUACUUACACAAAUGGACAGAUGUAUAACAGCCAUCCACCGGUCCCAAGGAAGACGGAGAUUGUGUUUCUUUGUGACCCAAAUGCUGGCAAAGGCCAGCCUACAUUUGUUGGCGAGAGUGCUUGGGGGUACAGUUUCGAGUGGUUCACGGCCUAUGCUUGUCCCAAUGAGCCUGUGGAAUGCACUGUCAUGGAUGAACAUCGUCAUCAGCAGUAUGAUCUGUCAAGUUUAUCAAAGUCAGUAAGCCAAGACAACUGGGAGUUGUUGGAUGAUAGUGACGCAAACAACAAACUUAAGUACUAUAUCAAUGUAUGUCGUCCUCUCAGCGAGGUACAGGUAGGCACAGGCUGUUCAACCUUUGCUGCUGCGUGCCGUACAAGCUUCAAAACUGGACAGGAGGCUGUAGACAUCAUGGAUUUGGGUAGCGUAGUAUCCCCUCCUGUCGUAGAGAAGGAGGGCCAGCUGUCCCUCAAGUAUCGAACUAAGAACAAGACCUGUGAUGGCAUCGGUGGCAAGACUACAUUUACUACAUCCAUACACUUUAUCUGUAGCCGAGGUGCACUGGUGACUGGACCAAGCACUGUCCAACAGUUAGGCAACUGUGACUUUGUGUACAUGUGGGCCACAGAGGCUGCUUGUCCUUUAGAAAUGACAGAAUCUACCGCCAAUUGUUCAAUCAAGGACCGUAACUCUGACUACAUUUUCAACCUUGGCCUCCUCACACGUAACGGUGACACUGACUACUAUGACAUCCAGGAUGGAGACAAUCAUUUCAGAAUCAACAUCUGUGGAUCCCUAUCACAGACUCACUGUUCCUAUGUUGAGGGUAAAGCUAUGUCCUUGUGUCGUCUGUUCUCUAAUGGCUCCACAGAGGGACUCGGCUUCCUAAAAUACACACUGGAUUAUGAUGAUGAUGGCAAAUUGAUGCUGAAAUAUGAGGGCAAGCGACUCGAGAGUGGGAAGAGAGUAGAAGUUCGGAUCCUGUUCCUCUGCCGACAGAAUGUAGACAUUGGUGAGCCGAAGUUUGACCGUGUGGAUGAGGGAUACAAGUACAUAUUUACAUUUGAGACAUCUCUAGCCUGUAAACCUGAUCCAAUAGAUUGCCUGGCUGAGGAUAUCCAUGGUAACCAGUUUGACUUGAGUCCACUUGCACGAGGAGCCAGCGACACAAACUGGCAGGUGACAGAUGUUCAAGGAGGAAAAUUUACCUUCCACAUCAAUGUAUGUCGCCCAAUCAACACAGCUGGUACAUCUUGUCCAGGUGGACCAGUGGGUGGAUGUGGAGUGUCAAACCUUGGUCAGAGUUUCAAUAUGGGCUACAUACACUCACAACCAGUUGCCGCCAUGGACGGGACAGUCACCCUUCACUAUCGCAAUGGAGACAUCUGUGAUAAAGCCACUGGUUCCCGUUACAGUACAAGGAUUGUAUUCUCCUGCUCAGGGAUUGAGCACAACCCAACAUUUCUGGGUAUGGUGAAUGAGUGUGAAUACAUGUUUGCCUGGCAGACUCCCUUUGCCUGUCCCAUCAAGAAGCCUCAUAUAGGUUCUGACUGUAAAGUACAUGACCCUCUGACCAUGUACGAGUUUGACCUGAACCUCCUACGGACGAAUGAAGACUAUCGGGUGUCAACACCAGACAAUUACGUAUACGUUUUAAAUGUGUGUGGCCCCCUGCAAUCCUCGACAUGUGGGACAGACCAGGUCGCAAUAUGUCAAACCAAGAGUGCUGAUGCAGACUACCAUGUGAAUGCAGGAAUGCCUUCCUCAGCUCUGCGAUAUCAAACAGGGGAGAUCACUCUGAAAUAUGUCAAUGGAAAGGCUAAUUGCCAUGGGAAAUACAAUCGCAGCACCAUCAUCACUUUCCUUUGUGAUCAUGCUGUGGAUGGAUCUGCUGGACCAGUCUUUAUCAAGGAGGAUUCAGUCUGUACUUAUUUGUUUGAAUGGAAAACCAAACUAGCCUGCCCCCCAUUUUCAGUGGGUGACUGUAGUAUUACUGCCCCAGAUCAUAACCAGUAUGAUCUGAGCACACUUGCAAUGACCAGCGAUAAUUAUGACUACGUCGAUUAUCUUCACAGGAAAAAGUUCAUCAUCAACGUUUGUAGAUCACUUGUCCACAAGAAAGAUCAGACAUGUCCAUACAAUGCUGCAGUCUGUAUGAUUGAUCUGACCCAACAGAACGACACCCUCAGGUUUCACAACCUGGGUGAGGUGAACGAGCACCAAGUGAUUGUAGAAAAUGGACAGUUAGAGCUCCACUAUAUUAAUGGUGAGCCGUGUACCUCAGGUGGCAAGACUUCGACUCGCAUCAUCAUGUACUGCGACAAAACAACCAUGUAUUCCCAUCCUGUCGGCCACUUUACUGUAAACAACUGUGAACAUGAAUUUACCUGGAAUACAGAAGCGGCAUGUCCAUUAAAUACGGACCAAGCCAGCAUGGAGACAGGCAACUGUAACGUCACAAAUCCUGCUACAGGACAUGUAUUUGACCUGAGCUCCCUAAAUAAAGCAACACCCUAUAAGAUUGAGGACCACAGAGGCCACAUCUUUAAACUCAACGUUUGUGGCAAAGUGACUGGAUCUGGCUGUACUGGAGACUUGGUUGGAGCCUGCCAGGAAGAGUUGGCUGGAGAGAAGAGGAACUUCACCAGUGGCUUGUUCAACUCCAAGCUCCAGUAUGACGAUGGUGUGCUCAUGCUGAACUACCAUGGGGGAAUGGACUGUCACAACAAGCAGUACAAACGUACAACUAUCAUAAACUUUGUCUGCUCCCCAACAGCUGGCAAUGGUUCUCCAGUGUUUAUAGACGAAACAGAUGACUGCACUUACUACAUAUCUUGGCACACUAGCCUUGCCUGUGAAAAAGAGGUGAAAUGUUCCGUUGAUGCUGGCAAUAGAACAAUUGACCUUUCACCUCUAGUCAAGCCAGUUGGACAUUAUUUUUCUCUGUCCGCAACAAAUGGGAAAAACAGCUCAUAUUACAUUAACAUCUGCCGGCCAUUGAAUCCAAUCUACAAUACGCUCUGUCCCCCGCAGGCCAGUGCUUGUAUGUUACAGUCUGGUGGACGACCAAAGAGUUUGGGGAAAGUAACUGGUCCCCCAAUGAUAGAGAAGUCAACAGGAAAAGUGACUUUGCUAUAUAGUGGAGGAGAUGUAUGCUCCACAAACCCUGCCAAAAAUAUGUCAACUAAGAUUGUGUUUGUGUGUAACCCAGGAGUGUCUAGAUCUGGCCUGGUGCUACAGGAAAUAUCGGACUGCCAGUAUGUAUUUGUGUGGGAUACAUCUGUGGUUUGUAGCCGUGACGACACCAGUCUACAGCCAGAACUUAAUCAGGACUGUUCUUACAGGGAUCCACAAACUGGCAACGUGUAUAACCUCACUUACUUCAAGACACAACAGAAAGCUGAACCAAUGGUGGCAAAAGGUUACAAGUACUAUCUCAACAUCUGUGAGAAAGUGCAGACAGUCACACCUGGAUGUGAAACAGCAGGUGUCUGUCGUACCAACAAUUCAGAUUCUAGUUCAAGAGGGGUCUCCUUUGGCAGUGUUACUCACAGAACAGUCACGAAGACUGGCAAAGUCAUACAGCUGACAUAUACACAGGGAGAUACAUGUGAUGGAAUAAGGAAAAGAGAGAGUGUAAUCACUUUUGACUGUGAAACGUCUGGGGUGGUUGGUCAACCAAGGUACACUUAUGCUGGUCAAUGUCAGGCUCUGUUUUACUGGCGGACAUGUGUGGUGUGUCCAAAAGUGGCUGAUGCCUGCUCUCUUGGUUUCAAUUAUCAAAGCUUUGAUCUUAAUAUGCUGUCCAGUGAAACUGGAGGAUGGAAUCUCACAGAUACCAAGGGCAACAGAUACUGGAUCAAUAUAUGUCAGUCAGUAACUAAUGGCCCAACAGACUCUGAGGAUUGUCCACACAUGGUAGCUGCCUGGCGCAAAACUGCAAGUGGACUGGUAGACAGGCUAGGACUUAUCAGCACACAAAAACUCACUAUGGGCACUGAUGGAAAGACACUUAAACUACAGUACUUUCAAGGCGAUACAGCUUGUUCUAACACAAAGCGACGAAGUGACAACUUACAUGCCCAAACUUUGAUCAUGUUUACAUGUGGAAAUACCGUUGGAGGCCCUGUAUUCGUUGAAAGGGAAAAUCGAGAUGAUUGUGUGUUUGAGUUUCACUGGAAGUCAAAGGUCGCCUGCAGCCUCAUUAGUCAAACAGUGAAAGACAAGGAUGGUGUGGUGACCGACCCAGAAACUGGCAGCGCUAUCUACCUCAAUAAACUUGGGUCAUCUAAAAUAACUAUUAGUGAUACUAGUUACUAUGACCUUGACCUCUCCGGCACAGCUGGCACGUGUACAGAUUCUGUUGUAUGCCUCCAUGACACCACAUCCACAGCACAAAGUAUUGGGGCAUAUUCAAAGAGGAAAUAUUCUUUUGAAGAUGGUAUCCUGGAAGCUGAGUAUGAGUCUGAUCAAAUCUGUGCUACGGACAGGAAGAAAAAAGUCAAGGCCAUAAUUACAUUUCACUGUAAUGAUAGCCCGAAUGCACCAAUACUUUUGUCACGAUCUAAAGACUGUGUCCACCUGUUCCUGUGGGAAAAUCCUGUCGCCUGUUUACAUCCUAAAGUAGAAAUUGUUCCGCCCACAGACAGGGCCAAAACAGCAGCAGCAGUUGUUAAUAAGGGGAAGACGAUAGGCACGGUGAUGGCAGUGUUUGUAGUAGCCAUCCUUGUGUGUGUGCUUCUCAUUGUAUUUCACAGGAAGGAACGCAGGGACUCCUGUCUACAACGAUUACGCUCUGUAGUGAAGAAAGAUACAGAGUACAGAUACUCAAUGUUGCCAGAUGCCAUUGGGAAUGAAGAUGACGAAGACAUUUUAGGAGCAGCUAACAAUACAGCGGAGCCAGACGAACCGACAGAAGUGAAUGCGAUUUCAACCGAGCGGGAGACAAGAGUAGAAAGUUACCAUGACGACAGCGAUGUAGACCUUCUAGAGUGAACCUGAACAAUGUUAGACUUUCUGUGAUAGAGUAUAGAGAGGCAAUCCCUCUCUGAUGUGAUACAGUCAUACAGAAGUUAGAACGAUGUUGUGAUCAGCUGUCAAAUGCCUAAAAUGUUGUUUCUGUGUGAUGUGGCCAUGCUGAUCACUUUCUGUACGGCUAAAAUAACACACUGAGUCUCUGUGAUUUUUAUUUUACAGAAAGUACUCGAAGUACUAGCUAUAUUAGCCAAUUUUACAGAGAAAUUUGCCUUGAAAACCAUAUGCCUAGUAUAAGGAUUCAAGGGUCUUAACUGACAUGUUUCAAUGUCACAGAUGUUAUACUUAACAACACGUAGCUUAUGUGGAAGAAAUAAAAUGAUUAUGUGUCAUUAUCCUGAUAGGGUUUGAAUAGCUUAUCAGUUCUUUGACCCAUACUCAUAGUUUCCCUCCAAGAUAACUUAGGCUCCUUUUGUAUAUCCAGUUGAAACUAAGACAAGUACAAAGUGACGGCCUAGGUUUGGACAAGGCAGUUCUAACAUUCUUUUCCACUUGUGUAGUUUGAUAGGCCCAGUCCAAAAAUUGUGUGGCUCUUGCUUGUAAAUCUAUAUAAACAAUUCAAAAUUUAUGUAUCUUAGAAAAUUACCUGAAAUUUAAAACACCAACAAAAUAUAUAUAUAUGAACUUUUAGAUAUUUAUUAAAAUUAUGUAAAUUAGAGAUCUGUUUAUUAGACCUGGUUACCUCAGUUAUCGGUGUAUUUCAACUUGGUUACACAAAAGUGGCCCAAGACUGAAUAUAGACUUUAUGUCCUUUGUGGGUGUAUAUUUUGUUGGUUUUAUUUAUCAUUUAUGGUAGUUGGUAAAAAAUGGAGGGAUUGGUAUACCUGUACUGGACUUUUUGGGUGAAUCUGAGAAUGAGAGAUUAAAGGUAAACAAAUGAAAGAUAGAAGGAAAAAAGGAAAAUAUAUGCAGUUUGUUACAGUAAGAAGGAAAUUUCACCUCUUAAAGAUUUUUUAUUCAUAUUUUUUACGGGUGAUUGAAAUCAUUUUUGGGUAUUCUGCAAUUAAAAUUGUACAUCCAAUUUGUUUCUGUAUGUUUAAUAAUGACAAUAGAACAUUCGAAAUCUGAUGAGGUGAAAUUUUUCAUUUUACUGCAUGUUAUGAGAAAAAAAGUAUAUAUUUAUAUAUGUUUGGUGUUGAUGAGAUACUAUGUGAUCAUUGUGCCAUUAGGUACUAAUCUCUGUGAAAGAUGACGUCAUUCCAUACUGCCAUAUAUCAGUCUACCUACUUAUACAUUGAUAUUAUACACCUGGGUGGGUGAUGUUAUAUCAUUAUACACCUGGGUGAUGUUAUAUCAUUAUACACCUGGGUGAUGUUAUAUCAUUAUACACCUGGGUGAUGUUAUAUCAUUAUACACCUGGGUGAUGUUAUAUCAUUAUACACCUGGGUGGGUGAUGUUAUAUCAUUAUACACCUGGGUGAUGCUAUAUCAUGAUACACCUGGGUGAUGUUAUGUCAUUAUACACCUGGGUGAUGCUAUAUCAUUAUA